CAGCCCUGUGGGUGCGGGAGCUGCAGGCAGCCUGGUUCCAGGUCCCAGCCCUGGAGGAGCUCGGUAAGUGACCUGUUUAGGCUUUGAAACUGGGCUUAAUCCCAUCUCAAAUGCGAGUUCAGGCACCAGAUGCCACGCCCAGCCUGCCGUCAAGGCCUAACGUGGCUCAGAAAGUUUGGCGGACACACUUUGAAGCACUGUGCGGUGACUGGGGACAGCGAACGGUGACUCCCCUCGCCCCUCCCUGGGAGGACAGCAGAGCCUUGAGCCAGACUGUGGGUUAGACGCUCAGCCACACCACAGGCUGUGAGGGCGGGCACAUCCCUCAGCGUCUCUAAGGUCAGUCUGUUGGUAAUGGGGCUAGUUAGAGAGCUUACUUAAAAGGGUUGUUGUGAGGAUUAAAAGUGAGUGUACAGGACAGCUGGACGUGCACGCCGAGUGUGUCAGGGAGCUGGAUCCCCAUCCCGGUGAACUGGGACAGCCAUGCCCACCUGCUCUGUCCCCACAUCGGUGUGUCCCGAAGGGCCCAGUUAGUCCCGCAGGCAGUUCCUGCUGCUCCCGCGUUCGCGAGUCUGAAAUUCCCAAUGACCCCAAAUGCCCAGGGGGCCUGGGUCGCGCUGUCCGCCCUGUUUAAGGGGAUUCCCGGGAAGGUUCCACUGUGUCGGGAGGGGGCCUGGGUGGGGUGGUCUCCAGGCGCCGUAAAUGACAGGAACCAGCUCCUUCCCCGUCAGGCUGAGUCCGCCUGCCCUGAGCACAAGCGAGCAAACCCCACGGCAGAGGGCAGCCCGCGCCGCUGUCCGCCGGCCGGCCGGGCUCCCGCCCUGGACGGGGCUCCGCCCUGCAGGGUGCCCACUGCCGCAGGCCCGCGGGCUCCUGGUUGGUAAGCUGCUCUUUGCUGCCCAGGGUCCUCAUUCUCGUUUCUCAGUCACCGCACAGCUGACCCAGCCUCUCGCUCUAAAGGAGUUUGUUAAUCGUCAACUGUCAGCGCCAUCUUCCCCAGGGACCUGUCGUGUCUGCUCUGCAUGGGUUUAAAAAGUUCAGAGGCAACUUCAGAACCGGCGGACUUCACCUCGGAGUCUGCGCUUGCGCGCCUCCCGAGGAAGCAGAGGCCGCGCCCAGGACGCGCAGCGCUUCCUGCCGCCCGUGGCCUGCCCGAGCCGGUGGCUGUAGCAACGGUUCCCGGACGGGGCCUGGGGGGCCCUGUGCCGGCCCUCAGCGCACCAAGCCCGUGGAAGGAGGGUGUGGGUGGGGCUUGCCUGCGACUCCUCCUCCUUUUCCAUCCAGAAAGUCCCGGCGCUGCCCCCUCGUCCCUGGGAGGGCCUCGGGGCCAAAUGAGAAGGGAGGGGUGGGAAGGGAAACAAAGGGAGGGAAAAGAAAAAAUACACACAGGCACUCAGGGGAAGGAAAGCCAAUCAUUAAUUAGCCUAAAACUCCCCCGUUCGGGAACGCCGGGCCCAACGUAGGCACGGAGGAGUCCAUCCCAGACCAAACCGCCCUCGCGCCGCCUCUGGUCUCCAGGCGCGGGGCAGCAUCUCAUGGGCGGCCUGUUUUAAUUUUUCUGUUUUAGGCUCUUGCUCACAACUGCCUUUAGGGAAAGACAAAGGGUGGCUUUAGCCAAUUAAAAAGAUUGAAACCCGCUGCCGUACUGAAAGAUAUAAAGAUUCGGAGGCGGGAACUGGACAAGGAGUUCUCAUAUCCGCCGGCCGUCCAUGGCGUCCAAAGAGGUGACCAUUGAUGGCAGGAACUACAUAGCCGAUGUCGGGUUUGGACGCUCUUACCAGAUGUGGCAGCCUCUGGAGUUAAUCUCUGGGAAGGAUCAGCCUCAGGUGCCCUGCAUCUUCCGCUUGACAGAAGAGACAGGAACCUGGUACCUGGACCAAAUCAGAAGGGAGCAGUACAUUCCAAACCAGGAAUUUCUUAAUUCUGAUCUCCUGGAAAAGAAUAAAUACCGAAAAAUCUACUCUUUUACUCUUGAACCUCGAACAAUUAAAGAUUUUGAGUUUGUGAAUGAAACCCUUCAGACCUCUCCAAAAUCUGUGUUUACCAGCAAGUCAUUCUGUUCUUUGCAGACCACAGAUGGAGUCCACUGCUUAGUGGGCUUCACCCUCACCUCUAGGAAAUACAAUUAUGAGGACAAUAUGGAUUUGGUGGAGUUUAAGACACUGAAUGAAGAGGAAAUAAAAGAAGAGCUGAAAAACAUAUUUAAUAUUUCCUUGGAGGGAAAGCUUGUCCCUAAACAUGGUGAUCGAUUUUUUACCAUUUAGAGCAGGAGUAAAAAUGGUCUUCAAUAUUAGUUUAGGUAAUGAAACAUUUUAUUAUUAAAAAUUUUUUAACAUAUAUAAAAGUAGAGGGAAUAAAAUCAUAACCCCCUAUGUAUUUAUCACCCACUUAACUAUCAACUGUUGCCUUGGUUAUUUGCUUAAUACUCACACAUUAUAUUGAAGAAAAUUCUAGACAUUGGAUCAUUUCACCCUUAAUACUGUCAGCAUGUAUAGUUAGAUAAUGUUUUAAAGCAACACAAGGACACUUUUUCAAAAUUAAUGAUAGUAAAGAAGUUUUAAGAGUGGCCUGUUUUUUUAUUUUUUUUUGGGGGGGAAAUAGUGAUUUAUGCUAGAAAAUCUUCAUUGAUUUGUGAAACUGGAUUAAGGAAACCUCAUUUAAAAUGGAGUUGGGAGGCAGCAGGAGGAGCACUCAUCUCCCCCACCCCCCACCUCUUACGGAACUGCAGACACAGCAGGAGGAAAGACACCUGCAUCCCUGCAGGGAGAGGCCCAUUUUACUGCUCCGACAGGAGGAAAGAAGGGUUUUUUCCUGCCUAGCAACAAGUUCAGCCAAUAAGAAAGCACCACAACUCAGUCAAUGAGAAGCCAGCUCUCCUCUAAUGGGCUCUCCUUCAGAGCAGUCCCUUGUAACCUCCUCUUUCCUCUGUAAAAUAGAGUUCCUCUCCUUUGACCUCUGGACUUACCUAUUGGAUAGUAUGUCCCAAAUUGCAAUUCUGCUAUUCCCAAAUAAAUCAAUUUUGCUGGUAAAA